AUGGAGCCAGAGCUAGACGAGAACGAGAAGGAGAAGGAACAGGAACAAGAACAGGAAUUAGUAGACAAGAAGGAGAAGCAAAAGGAGAGAAGAGAGAAGAGGCGUCAAGAGAUCUCUUUAUUUCGCACCAUUCCAUAUUCCGAUCAUCAAAGAUGGUGGUCGGCAGAAACCAUUGCUGUUGUAACCGGUGGCAACAGAGGAAUCGGAUUCGAGAUCACACGUUCGUUAGCAACUCACGGUGUAACCGUCAUUUUGACAUCAAGGGAUGUUGUUGUCGGAGAAGAAUCUGCCAAGGUUCUACAAGAAGGAGGUCUUAACGUGUUCUUCCAUCAACUCGAUAUUAUCGACGAAUCAUCAAUUCAACAAUUUACCGAAUGGAUUAAAGAGAACUACGGUGGUAUAGAUAUUCUGGUUAAUAACGCUGGCGUAAAUUUCGGUUAUGGAACAGAGAAUUCCCUCGAAUAUGCCGAACAAGUUAUUGUUACAAAUUAUUUUGGUACAAAAUAUAUGAUUAAAGCUAUGCUUCCUUUAAUGAGAGCUUCUGCAGCCGGCGCACGUAUCGUGAAUGUUAGCUCUCGGUUGGGAAGACUUAACGGGAAACGAAACAGAAUUGAAGAUGCAACUUUGAGGGUACAACUCGAAGAUCAUGACAAUUUAUCUGAGGAAUUGAUUGAUAAAACGGUUGCGACAUUCUUGGAGCAAGUGAAGGAUGGGACAUGGAAAACGGGUGGUUGGCCUCAUUCGAAUACUGAUUAUGCGGUUGCAAAACUCGCGGUAAAUUGUUACACAAGGGUAAUGAGUAAAGAACUUGCUACUCGACCAGAAGGUGAAAAGAUUUAUGUGAAUUGUUAUUGCCCGGGAUGGGUAAGAACUGCCAUGACCGGUUGGGCAGGUCACACCACCCCCGAAGAGGGGGCGGAUACGGGUGUUUGGCUCGCUUUGCUUCCAGAUAAAAUCGUAACCGGAAAGUUUUUCGCCGAGAGGCGCGAGGUUAACUUUUAAAGGUAUGUGUUAUAUGUUUUAUUUUUAUUUUUUUGCUUUUGGUU